CUCUAUAUCACUCUCUAGCUCUCUCACAAGCAAUCUUUUCCUUCUUUCUCUCUCAAUGUGACCAUACACCUGUUGCACUAGUUAAUGAUGGGAUCAGGCGCAGAAACCGUGGCUGAUGCUGAGGACAAUGUAUUGUUGCCGGAGGCUGGAGCGCUGUUAUCCUGCUGAGCAACAGCCUGGUGCCAACGGUGGCUCAUAACACGGCUGUUUCUAAGGAGCUGAUUGAGACCAACUCCCAGUGAGCGGGAGUUGCUGGCAGUGCUGGCGGCGAGUGUGGCACUAAGCACCCGGUGUUACCAUGCUGCUUCUCUCUGAACAAACCUCUUGGUCAGUAAUUAUGUCUGCUUUCCUCUCAGUCACACCUUAAUCGAGUGGGAAGAGCAUUGUUGUGGUGGAGCCGAUGAUGGGUCAGACUGGAGCGGUGAGGUCACGGUGACCAAACUCUAGCCCUCUCUCCGUGUUCAACCAGCCAGUGAGUGAGCGUGGUAUUGCCUGGCGCCCGGAGAUCGAUCCAGCGAGCGUGUGAGAUGUCGGGCUCUGCAGGCUGCGCGGCCGAGGUGAUGCCCUCGGCAAAUGCCAGCCGCGUGUUCAGCUAUGCCCUGGACAGCCACACGGCAGCUGCCUUCACCAUCAUGAACGAGAUGCGUCUGAGCCAGCAGUUAUGUGAUGUGACGCUGAAGGUGAAGUACAAGGACCUGGAGGAGGAGAUUAUGGCCCACAAGAUAGUGCUGGCCUCCUGCAGUCCCGUCUUCAGGGCCAUGUUCACCGCGGGACUGAGGGAGCGCGGCAUGGAGGUCAUCCCCAUCGAGGGCAUCCAUCCCAAGGUCAUGCAGAGGCUGGUUGAGUUUGCCUACACCGCGAGCAUCACCGUGGGUGAGAAGUGCGUGCUGCACGUGAUGACCGGGGCUGUCAUGUACCAGAUGGACAGUGUGGUGCAGGCUUGCUGUGACUUCCUGGUGGAGCAGCUCGACCCCAGCAAUGCCAUCGGCUUUGCCGCUUUUGCCGAGGAGAUCGGAUGCCAGGAGCUGAGCCUCAAAGCCAGGGAGUACAUCUACCUGCACUUCAGUGAGGUGGCAAAACAAGAGGAGUUCUUCAACCUGACGCAGUGCCAGCUGGUCAGCCUGAUCAGCCGUGACGAGCUGAAUGUGCGGUGUGAGUCUGAGGUGUAUCACGCCUGUAUCCAGUGGGUAAAGUACGAGUGUGAAAGCCGGCGGCCAUACAUCCACGCUCUGCUCAACGCCGUACGCUGCCACUCACUCACACCCAACUUCCUGCAGACACAGCUACAGAAGUGCGAAAUCCUCCGCAUGGACUCCAAGUGUAAGGAUUACCUGGUCGGGGUCUUCAAGGAGUUGACGCUACACAAGCCCACCCAGGGCUGUCCCUGCCGCUCCCCCAAGGUCUCGCAGCUCAUCUACUCGGCGGGGGGCUAUUUCCGGCAGUCACUCAGCUACUUGGAGGCCUACAACCCGCUGGAUGCUAGGUGGGUGAGGCUGGCAGACAUGCCGGUGCCACGGAGCGGGCUGGCCACAUGCACGGUGAACGGGCUGCUGUACGUGGUGGGCGGCAGGAAUAACUCGCCGGAUGGCAACACGGACUCCAACGCCCUGGACUGCUACAACCCCAUGAACAACAUGUGGUCAGCCUGCGCCCCACUGCACCUCCCUCGCAACCGUGUGGGCGGAGGAGUGAUCGAUGGCAUGAUCUAUGCCGUGGGCGGCUCUGAAGGCUGCAGUCACCACAGCACCGUGGAAAGGUACGACCCUGAGAAGGACCAGUGGGAGUUUGUAGCCGCCAUGUCCACCAGCAGGAUUGGGGUGGGUGUGGCCAUCGCCAACCGGCUCCUCUACGCCAUCGGUGGCUUCGACGGCACGAGCCGGCUCAACUCUGCUGAGCGUUACUAUCCCGAGGACAACAAGUGGGAGACCAUUGGCCCCAUGAACACCGUCAGGAGUGGAGCCGGUGUGUGCAAUCUGAGAAACUGCGUGUAUGCGAUCGGCGGGUACGAUGGAGUGAACCAGCUGAACAGUGUGGAGCGCUACGAGAUCGAGAACGGCCAGUGGACAUGCAUCGCACCAAUGAAGCACAAGCGCAGUGCGUUGGGAGUCACCGUGUAUCAGGGCAAGAUCUACGUACUCGGUGGCUAUGAUGGCCAGGACUUCCUCAGCAGUGUUGAAUGUUUCGACCCGGACACCGGUCAGUGGACAGAGGUGACCCAGAUGACCUCGGGCCGGAGUGGGGUGGGUGUGGCUGUCACGUUGGAACCUUGUAGGCUGCCCCCCCUUUGAAGGCUGCACCCCCCCCUUUGAAGGCUGCACCCCCCCCCCUUUGAAGGCUGCACCCCACAUUGAGCUCCAGUCUCGCUCUCUCGUUUGGACUCUACACAUCUCUCUGCCUCUCAGCGCUGAUGCCACCCUCACCUGAUGGUCCCUCAGUGCAGAGUGGGUGUCUCACAGGAAGCAGGGUUUACUCUGGCUUCUAUGAGGUCCUUUGGGAAGAUUUCAGUUGGCGUUAAGCGAUGCUGAGGCGAGGUGGUAAAUGGCACAAAUGGUCCAAUUAGAUUAAUGACUGUAUGCUAAGUGCGGGCUGGGCUGGGCUUGCCCACCCUCAGUCCUGUUCAUCACUUAUUCCCUGAGACAAUUUACUUGUUUCUAAUAAGGAUGACACCUUGUAACAACGUGCUAAUUACCUAAAUUAAUUAACUUUGAUAUGUUAAUUAUCCACUUGAACAGCGUUGCGCUCAGCUCGCUCGGCGUCUGGUGGUAAAUUGUUUUGUUUUGUGAUAGAGUCUGGGCCGGGUUUCACUGGCAGCUCAGCCUUCCCGGGGUGGGAACAACGACGACAACGACGGUUAAAGUGUCUGUGUCUCUCCGUCCGCAACUC